CCGCGCGCGCAACCCAAAUGAUACUACCCGUUCGGAGUAUGUCGCCGUCGCACGGCGUCUUUCAUCCUCCACACGAACAGCCUGAUGAAGAACCCGUAUCCAGAACGUAUCAGUACAGAAAAGUGAUGAAACCGAUGCUCGAAAGGAAAAGACGAGCCCGCAUCAACCGCUGCCUCGACGAAUUAAAAGACCUCAUGGUGACAGCUCUACAAGCAGAAGGGGAGAACGUCUCAAAGUUGGAAAAAGCUGACAUCUUGGAACUCACAGUGAGGCAUCUACACAAUCUGAAGCAACGCGGACAGCUAGUUGUGAAACCUGAAAUGUCUUACACAGAACGUUUUCGUGCCGGUUUUACUCAGUGCGCUACGGAAGUGUCUCAAUUUAUUGCAAAUGCAACGUUGGCUGCCAAUGCGAUGCAGCGGCAGGGACCGGUCGAUCCUCAAGCAGGAGCGAGACUCCUGCAACAUUUAAGCAACUGCAUAAGGAGAUUGGAAAAUUCACAAGUUGUGCAGCCUCAGCCAAUAGCGCCGAAUGGUCUUGCAAGACCGACUCCUCUGCAGCCCAUAGCUCCUGCGCCUCAGACACAUCAGGGUCUGAUGCCCGUUCAGAGGAUGCAUUCUCCGGAGAGAGUCAUGAAGAGACCGAACGAAGGUCCGGUGGAUGCGGAAGCGCAGGUCGCGAAACGUGCGUACGCGCCGCCUUCCCCGCCGCACAGCCCCGCCUCCGAAACUGACUCCGCCCAGUCGAUGUGGCGACCCUGGUGACCGCUACUGCCUCUGCUGCUGCUCCUCAUGAUCUCCCAUGCCUCGCACUGUGCGUGAUAUACCAUAGACUAUUAUUUCCUUUUUGUUUUUUGUUUUAAAAACGUUCCUAGAACCGAAGUGUGUUGUUUGAUUGUUUUCAUUGCUUGCUUGUUGAAGUUUUUUUUUUUAAUAUUUUUUUUAAUUAAUACGAAUAAAGUAAGGUUCUUUUUUUGACAUAAAUUUGUUCUUUUUAAAUUCUACUACUAGCCUGAUCGAAGACAACUUCAACAUUUUCCACGUCGGUAAAGCAUUUAAAUUGUUUCUUAGUUUAGUGUAGCACCUAAGUUACCGCUGUGAUAUUAAUCGUUAAAUUGAUUAUGAAUGCUUUUAAAAAUCAUAUAAUUUAGCUUAGGUAAGUACUUUGAAACUUAAUAAAUAUGUUUUCAAUAACCUAUUUUGUUUCUAUGAAUGAUUGCGAGGAGGAAAUCCGGAAUGUACCUUAAAAUUAGAACCUCAAAUCUC